AUGGGCUGCAGUUCAUCUAUUCAUGCAGCUCCGCCAUCUGUUCCCGCACACGCGGCACAACAAGGUAUCCGGGCAGCUCACAUGGUCCUAGAAGCUGGAACUGUUGGUUCCCAAGGCGGUGGGGCCGCCGCCACCAAGCCCCAGCCGGUUACCCCCGAUUCCCGGGUACUGCGGGGUCAGGCCUACUACUCGGCCGGCAAGGUGGCCGAGGCGCUGAAGGAGUUCAACGCCACCAUCGCCGCCUGGCCCACGUAUGCGCGAGCAUACCUGGAGCGAGGCAAUGUACGACUUGAUCAGAAAGAUUACUCGCUGGCGAUUGGGGACUACACGAUGGCGCUACAGCUCCAAGGGAACCUCUUACAGCCGGGCGCAGAAAACGCGCAGGUCAAGGUGCUUAAAGCCCAGGUGCGCAAGGCCCAGGCGGCCGUGGCCGGCGGCGGCGGCGGCGUUGUCGUACCGCCAGUCGCCAUAGCUGGUGGCGGCGGUGGUAGUGGUAGUGAGUGUCGGCUACGGCCCUGCAUGCACGCCGCACUGUGCGUGGCGUGCGCCGAGGGGCUUAUGGCGCGAGGGUACGGCUGUCCCAUUUGCUCGUCCAAGAUUGAGCAGGUCGAGCGCGGCAGCUUCAUGCGGACCUUCACAGUGGAGGAGGCGCAGGGUGUUGUGGCAAGUGCUCGUGUCGUGGCUACGAUGGUGUCUCCCGGCAAGUCCCCGUUGGGCCGCCGCUUUCCGCCCGGCCCCACUGCCGGCGCGCCGGUACUCGACAAUAUCGUUGAAGGAGACGAAGAGGGACAUACAGCGGUGGAGAACGCAGGUGCCGUGCUGGCGGCGGCGGCAGCGGCGGCGGCGGCGGCCUCGGACGCCGGGGCGGUAGCGGCGGUGGCGGCAGCGCAGCGGCGGAACUCCAACGGCGCGGUGGUGGCGGCGGCGGCGGCGGAAGAGGAGGCAGCAGGGCCGAGGCCGCCGCUGCCAGGGGAGGUCCAGGAUGCCGCGGCCGAUGUACGGCAGGAGGGCUCCGGGGCGGACGGCCGAUCUCAGCAGCGACGGAGAUGUAGCAGAGGUGGCGGCAGCGGCGGCGGCGACCCAGGGGAAAGAAUCAGGGGCGGCGGCGGGGAUGGCGAAGGCGGUGUCGUUGACGACAGCGCCGCCGCUGACGGUUUCGACGAUGCUGACGUCACGUCUCCUGCGGCGUUGGGCCCCGUAGCAUCCACCUACCUGGCCAACAGCUUAGCAGACUGGAUCGAUGAACAUGGGGGCGGCGGCGGCGGCGGCGGUGACAGCCCCGCGAGGUCAGCGGCGGCGGCGGCGGCGGCGGUCGUACGAAAUCAGCUUCCGCCCGUUGAAGAAGGAACCGACAGCGCCACCGGUGCAGCGGCAGCAAACGACGUGGCAGCGGCGGGCGAAGGCCGUCGGAGCUUUUCCGGAUUUGCCUCCGCUACAGCCGCCGCCGCCGCCGCCGGCAUUGCUGCUGCGACCCCGGAAGCCGCAGCGGUGGCGGCGACCGCAGCGCCCGCGACUGAAAUCGAGGCCGAUGCCGGCGCCAAUCCCGACGGUCUCGAUGAUUUGCGCCGCGAAGCCGCGGCGGCGGAAGAGCCGGUUGAGGUUGCGGCCACGGCAGCAGCGGGACCGGUGGCGGAGGGCUGCGCAGCAACAGGCGACCGGACGCAGGUCCCGCCUGCGGCGGCCGUGGUGGCAGCGGCGGCGGUAGCAGUGGUGGCGGUGGCGGUGGCAGCGGUAGGGGAGUUGGAAGUGAUCUUCGAGUCAGGGACAUCUAUAAUGGCGGCGGCGGCGCCGCCGGUAACACUGCCGUCACCGCCGCCGCCGACGCGCUUUUAUUGCCUGGGGCAGUUCCAGCGUAACAAGGCGGGGUAG